AUGUUUCCAUCUACUGGGGAGGUUGUGGCACGAUUUCUUCGUAGCAACGGAUAUGACAAGACCUUAGCUGCGUUCAUUACUGAAGCUGGUCUUCCACCUGAUGCUGGUACGACCUCUAAGCAUGAUAGCAUCACCAUAGAGAAAGUUCUAGAGGAGAAACAAGCUUUUGAUUUGGUUCUCAAUUUUGAGAAGGUUGGACUUGAAGACGGCAAUCGAGGUUGGAAUGCAUUAUUACCGCCGUCGCUACCUUCGAUUGUCGAUGUUUUACCAACAUCGUCGAAUUUGCUGAAUGUAUCAAUUGAAUCGCUGAGCUCGAGUAAUGGUGAAGACAGCCAUCGUCUUAUCUACAGCUCAGCGGACCGGCAGUUUUGCUCUAUGCAAACAACAUCGCCCAAAGGUCACUUAGAGCUCGACAAAACAUACGAUCAACAUCAGGACUCACCUGUACUAGCAUGGGUUCAUCUAGAUCACAACCUCCUUCUCACCGGAAGCAUGUCUGGGAAACUUAGGCUAUUUGAUCUCGAGAAAGCUGAGGUUAUCCACCAUCGGCAGGACCAUACGAAGUAUGUUGUCCGUGUCGUCAAGUGGAAAGCUUUUCACGGGACUUAUAUCGCCACAGCCGGGUGGGACUGCAAAAUCAACUUGUAUCACACUCAAGGGCCCACCUACUCAAUUGGCGCGCCGAUCGCUACUCUAACAGUUACGAGCGUGCCGGAAACGAUUUUGUUCAUGCAGCAUCCAGAUAGCUCCCAGCCGAUCUUGCUCUUGACCAGACGAAACUCCACAUCUAUAUUCUACUAUGCAGUUCCAGACACAACUAGCAGAGGUACAGAAGAAUCUAUCAAAUCCAUGGAACUGCUAGGCCGGCAAAAUCUUGCUCCGCAUUCGAACGCAUGGGUAGCUUUCACUCCAGCCUGCAUAGCUGUAUCACCUAGAGAUCCAUCUAUAGUGGCAGUAGCAACCUCCCAAGAGCCGCAUAUGAAAUUGAUGAUAGUUCGCCUUUUGAUACCACCGCUCGAUAAAAAUGUCAUAACAUCUCAAGAGCCAACACAAGCAUCCCAGGCACGAACCGAGCUUCUUGUUGCGGAUCGAGAGGAAGCCGCAAUCAUGAUCAGCUGUAACACAAUGGCCUCGCAAACAGCCUACUCAACACCUAUCCUUGUCUGGAGACCUGACGGAUCAGGCGUUUGGGUCAAUAGUGACGACGGCGUAAUACGAGGGGUCGAUUCAAGCUCCGGUAAAGUCGUCGCGCAGCUGAAAGGACAUACAAGCGGGACUAGAAUACGCUGCCUCUGGGCGGGUUAUGUUAACCCAACCAGGAACGAUAAUGAUCGAACUGAAUGGCUUGUGAGCGGUGGAUUUGAUCAAAAACUCAUCAUCUGGUACCCGGACGAGAGAAAAUCUGGACGUGACUACCCCAAUGAUGAAAGACUGUCAAGUUGA